ACAUAUCUGGCUGUACAUCGAUCGACACUUGCCUGAUUGAACAGGUUACUGCUGAUGUACUUGCCAUUCAUCCCAUGCAACCAUACCGCGACAUCCCAUGCCAUAACGACGCAGAUCGACAGCGUCGUCGUACAUACAACAGCUACUGCAUGUCUCUCGUGUCGGCCGGGUGCUCACCCGUUAUCUCCCCCCUGAUCGAAUGCCACCCGUCGCCAUUGCAGCACCUGAGUCCUCUCUAUAUAUACCCCUGACCACCCAACAACUCUUGCUUCCCACCCAACCACCGAUCUCCACACCGGCUCGCAGCAUUGUCACUACUCGAUCAACUGCUCCAGAGUCCAGCCAGCUGCAGCUAGAGGCGAUUUAGUAGUCAUGGCGUCCAGGGAGGAGCCGAUUGAUCGCCGCUUCGCCGACAACGAGGAGGAGGAUGACGACCUUGUCGGCGAUGACAGUGGCGACGAGGUGUUGGAGGUGAGGCGCCGCGUGUCCCGCUUCGCCGUCGGCGCCGGAGACGACGACGUCGCGGCCGCGGGGGAUGCGAGGAACAGCAGGCGCGUGUCCCGCUUCGCUGCCGAGGGCGUCUUCCCCGGACCGCAGCACGACCGACGCCGCCGCGACAGCGGCUGCGAGCUGGGAGGAGGAGGCCGGAAGAUCACCCUGCCGCCGCCGCACGCGUGGCUGGCGGUGGAGGAGACGAUGGCGAAGAAGAAGAGCGGCAGCGACGGGAACGCGAACGGGAACGGCAGCAACGAAGAGCAGUGGGCGCGCCUGCUGGCGUCAGGCUCAGAAGGGGUGAAGCAGCAGGAGCAGCCGCGGCGGAGCAGCUUCAGCGCGGUGCGGCGGGAGCGGGCGGCUCGGGAGGCGUGGCUGGACCGGGCGUGGGAGAUGAAGCGGAGCUGGCACGAGCGAAGCGGCGGCGCGCCCGACGCCGACACCCCCGUCGUCGUCCUCCUCGGCGGCAAGCAGCAGCCAUCGUCGCCGUGCUCGUCCUCGUCCUCGUCGUCCCCGCACGCGGCUGCCGGGGUGGGCGUGGCGAUGGACAUGGAGGAGGUGCGCGCGUGCAGGGACCUCGGCCUCGAGCUGCCCGCAGACUGCACCGUCGAGAUCCAGUGCUACGGCAUCUCCGGCAGCCCCACACACAGCAACAGCAGCGGCGGCGGUGGUGGAAGUGACUCCCCUUCGAACACCAGCGGCAGCUGCUCCAUCUCCAGCCCCGGCACCGUUUAGCUGCAGAUAAUAUCUGUGUAGUGUAACCCUGCACGUACGCAUGCCUUGCCGGGCAUGGCAUGCCACCACGACGUCGAGCUCCCCCUCUGCUCAUUCUCUCCGUCGUCCUCCGGUGGGUCAAGCAGGGCAGGGCACCGAGGGCAGCCUAACUAACUAGAUUUCAACGCUUGGAAUUGAUUACUGUUGCUAUCGCGCCAUUGAUUAUGUACCGUACCGCUACCACAUAUUCAGAUAAGUCAUAAGUACAUGUAUAUACAACUGGCCGUCGCCGCCCCGUUCCAGACACUACUACAGAAAAGCUCAUCAGUAACGACACUAUUACAGAAAAGCUCAUCGGUAACGGGCCAAAAAGGCUAUUAGUGGCGAUCAGGGCGUCCGUUACUAAGUGGUUGCCAGUGAUCAUGUACACAUCAGUGACGGGCGGUUCGCCCGCUAGUGAUGGCGUAACCCAUCAGUAACGGGCACGUUGCUCGCCCGCCACUGAUACGCUUUUCACGAUUUUAAAAAAAAGCGGGCCUGUGGCCUGCACAUAUUCAUCGUCAUGGAUCAACGCAUCCAAAAUCACAAAUCAUAGUUCACAAAUCACAGUACACAAAUCACGGAUCACAAAUCCCAGUACUACAAUAGGAAAAAAUCGCCGAUGCUCCUCUGCUUCGUCGGCAGCACGGUUGGCGCUGGAUCCCGCGGCGGCGGCGAGACAAGAGAGGGAGGCCGGAUCCUCGAUGAUCUGUGUGUGUGUGAGAGAGAGAGAGAGGGUGAGAGAGAACGAGAGAUGGAGAUGGAGAGAGAGACCAUACCUCGGCUCUCGGUCCGGAUCCGACGGCGCGCGGGGGUUGUGGGCAGCUGAUCCGGGGGUGUUGGGGUCGAGGAAGCCGGAUCCGUCGCUGGGGGUGUCGAGGGCGUCGGACCGCCUGCACACGGCCAGCGAAAGGGGUCGAGCUCCUGCAGCAGCGGCGGACGGGAUCGACGGCGACGCGGCAGGAGCUCGAGCUCGGGGUGGCGGAGGAUGGGAGUGGGGCUCGGGCGCCCGUGGCAACAAGAGAAGGGUGAGGGCCUCCAUGGCGGCGGCGUUGCUACCUGCAGCAGGAAAGAGACAAAGAGAGAGCGUGAGAGAGGGACAGAGAAAGAUUGAGGGGAGGGGAGGAGAUGGCAGGGGAGAGAAUCGGGGAGGGAGACAGAGAGAAAUCAGGGAGGAACUAGGAAGAGGAGAUCGAGCAGGGGGACAGAGGGAGAUCGGAUAGAUAAAGGGAGGGGGCUGGCGGCGUGGAGGAUUGGAGGAAGGAGUUAGGGUUAGUUGUCCCUUUAUAUAGGAAGAAGUGGGUCGGGCCUAAAAUGGCUUGGCCCAGUAGCAUCAGUGGCAGGCCUAACUUUAAAAUCCGUUAGUGAUGAGUCCAGGCACUUUUUUUUGUAUUUUUCAUACUUCUUGUAAUAUGAAGUAUUUCAUAUAAUUAAAUUGGCCUAUAAAUUUUCAAUAGGGU